AUGUCAGGUGAGGAAGCUGUUGUUGUAGCUGAGCCUGUUGCUGCUGCCGCACCUGGAAUUCCAGGUGAGCCAAUGGACAUCAUGACUGCCUUGCAACUAGUGCUCAGGAAGUCACUGGCAUAUGGUGGUCUUGCUCGCGGCCUUCACGAAGGUGCAAAAGUAAUUGAGAAGCACGCAGGUCAGCUUUGUGUUCUUGCAGAAGAUUGUGACCAACCUGACUAUGUUAAACUUGUCAAGGCCCUUUGUGCUGAGCACAAUGUUAGCCUGCUGACAGUUCCCAGUGCAAAGACACUUGGAGAAUGGGCUGGUUUGUGCAAGAUUGAUUCUGAGGGAAAAGCUAGGAAAGUUACCGGCUGCUCCUGUGUGGUUGUCAAGGAUUUCGGGGAGGAGCAUGAAGCCUACAAUGUUGUUCUGCAGCAUGUGAAAGCUCAAUAA